UUCUAAGGCCUGAGAGUAGCUCUUUUGGAGGGCGCGGUGGCCUGGGCAGCUCUGUGACCUCGUCAUUUGGGUCAUGUCCCCAAAUAUGGACAUAUUUUCAGAGACAGAUAGGAAGACCCUGGAUUGAAGGCUGGAAGAAGCAGCAGAGCUCUUCUAGAGGACCUGCUUCAGAUUUCAGAGGGGUUAAGUGACUGGCCCAAAGUUCCCCUAGCAGCAAGUGGAAAAGCAGGACUCCUACUUCAGGGCCACGGGCUGCAAAUCCAGGCCUGUGGUGGAACCGGGCAAGAUGAUGUUUCUCUCUUUUAGAGAAUUGGCCCUUAUUCUCCUUUGCCAGCUCCCCUGGCUCCUCUCCGAUUUUUACUACCGCAGAACAUGCUACUGUGACUAUUCUCUUGGCCAAUCUGUGAGUUCUUUAAACUUCUUGAAGUAUUGGAGUAGAGCUAUUUCUGGAUCAGAAGGGAAGUUCACCGUGUUGGGACCACAACAGCCAAUCACAGCCUUGGUGGGCGGAGAGGCUAUAUUCCACUGCCACCUCUACCCCCAGAAGGAUGCUAGGGAUAUGGAGGUGAUGUGGUUCCACGAGAAGCACUCAGGUCUCAUUCAUCACUAUAGAGAUGAGCAGGAUCAAAUGCAAAACCAACUUCCAGAGUAUCAAGGGAGAACAGAAUUCCUUCGAGAGAACAUCUCCAGUGGGAAUGUGACCUUGAAGUUGAGCAACAUCUCUCUCUCUGAUGAAGGGAAGUAUUUGUGCAAAUUUUCAAAUUCCAUCUAUUCUCAUGAAGCAGAAUUUCAAGUAUAUGUGGCAGAUGAGUCUGUGGCAGAUGCAUUGUUUCCAAGGACCUGGAUAACCUUGCUGUUUAUCUGUGGGUGUCUUGUCGCAAUCUUCCUAUUCUUCACCAAUUAUAAUGACAUUCUGAGAGAAGUCAGAGGCUAUACAGGCCCAGCCAGAAGACUAUUGGAGGAAAGGGGAUGGAAUGGCAUUUCUUCCCUUCCAUGCAUGCAGGAGCAGGCCAGUCCAGAAGACAUGCAGAAGGAACAAAAAGAAAUGGCAUUUCCCUCUCUUCUUUGCCAUCAUGAAGUGGUUCUACAAGAAAACCAGAGGGAAAUGGAACUGAAUCUCUCUCCCACCCCUGACAUCUUGAAGAGGCCAGGCUUACAAACUGCCCAGAAACACAGAGUGGAUAUCACCUUGGAUGUAGACACAGCUCAUCCUUUCCUCCUUCUUCGAAUGGAUGGCAAAAGUGUAAUUUCCUGCUCUCAUAAGCUAAAGAAGUCCAAGCAUCCAGAGCGCUUUGAAAAUCUUGUCUGUGUGCUGGGCAAGGAGAGAUUCACUUCAGGACAAUGCUAUUGGGAGGUGAAUGUGGAAGAUAAGAUGAAGUGGAUCUUGGGAUUCUGUAAGGACUCAGUUUGCAGAAAAGUGGGGGUCCAGGUCACACCAGAAAAUGGGUUCUGGACUAUCUCUCUGAAGAAAGGGAAUACAUACUGGGCCCUCUCUAACCCUCAGACCCAUCUCUGCUUGGCAGUGGCCCCCAAGAUUGUGGGGAUUUUCCUGUACUAUGAAGCUGGCUGCAUCUCUUUCUACAAUGUGACUGAUGGUACCCACAUUUACACCUUCCAGGACACCUUUAAUGGAGCCCUACGGCCAUGCAUCUUCCCUGGCCAGCUCUCUAUAUGGGAAAACAUUGUCCCUAUCACCAUUCCAUCCCAAAGUCAAAAGAUUCUCCAGCCUCCCCAAAUUCCUAAACAUGUGAGAUCAUGAAAAUUGUUUUGAGUAAGCAGAUGUGGGCUCUUGAGUAGAAUAAUCCAUCUUAUCCACAACCCUCAAUACAAAUGUACUUGCCUUUCUUCUCUGUUGGAAAACAUUGAGUCUUUGGGAACUUCUCUUUGGUACAUGUUGAGAAUUCUCCUCCAUGUCCUUCUCCAUUCAUAUGCUCAUUUUCUCUGAUCCAUUUGGUAUGAGGGCUUGCUAAGCCCUUUUUAGGACUAUUUAUCCACCUAUAAUGUCUGCUUGUUACCCAAUUCUCAUCCAUGGUUCCAAGAAGCUGUAGCAUCCACACUCUGGUAAAACCAUCUUGGCAGAUGGGCUAAACCAAUUUGAAGGUAACUAACAGGACUUGAGCCUGUCAAUUAGUUAGGGAAAUGUCUGCCCGAGAAUAUAAAGACAGCCCCUAGUGGAAUGGGUGGAAGAGAAUAACUUGUUCCAAUGGCCAUGAAGGUGGUUGAAAUAGGUGCUAUGGAACACUUAAAACUUGGUCAGCCACCAAAGACACCAAGGUCCUCCACUGCAUCCUGCGCUAUUGCCAGUUGUCAUGAUUUUUGUCUUGCCACUAGACUUCAAUGACUGGAAAAGAGAGUGAGGCUGAGGACUUUGUGCAACUCUGUCUCACUUAAAUCCAGCUACUCUCAAGUCAAGACAUCA